CUUCACUCUUUUAAUUACGCAUGAAAUGGAAUGAUUAAUACUUGAUGGACAACGCAAAGAAAUCACAACUUCAUUCACUCCCUCCUUCUUCCCUUUCAUCUAAAAGCAAAGAAAGCAAGUUAAUGGUGAUUCCUCUUUAUUAGUUCAACUGGUCGGAUUCGAGAAGUUUUUUUCAUAGCGAGCGAGAUGGAAGGUGGUACGGACGGCUUUGGUGGUGGUGUAGCAAACCUACUUGCAUCGCCUGCCGUUCGAAAUGCAUCUUUGGCUUGUUUGGCAGCGGCAAGUGUAUUUUUAUCCUACAAAUCAUUAACCAACAGCAACAACAGCAGCAAAGAUGACAAAAUUCCACCAAGGUUACCGGAAAAAGACGAGAAAUAUCAAAAGAAACAAGGUGCUGGUAAAACAUCUGCUUCGCCUUCCAAGAAAAAGUAUGAUGGUGUAAUCGAUACCAACAGUCAAGAAAUCAGUAGGCCUAGCAAUGGCUUCUCACAUCAAAAAGAUGAGAGCAGGUCGAAUAGCAUGAGCUCUGUAUAUACCACUCAAACAGAUUACAACGAUACACGUGGAGGUACAAGUAGUGAGCAGGUAUCUUCAGGAUUCACAAAGACACCUAUUGCAAUCUUUUGGGAUAUGGAUAAUUGUUCUCCUAAUUCUGGUGCAUCUGGACAAGAAGUUGCCACAAAGAUUCGUAGAGCUGCUCAAUCUGCCGGACCUGAUCGUAACAAGAUUGGGAUGAUUACCAGCUUCAAGGCAUACUUGGAAGUUGCAGAAGGAGGUGCAGGACAAAUUCAACUUCGAAGUGAAUUACAGGGUAGUGGUGUAAGCUUGAUUGAUACGCCCAAAAGUGGAAGGAAAGAUGUGGCAGAUAAGAUGAUGAUCGCUGAUCUUCUCUCGUAUGCUAUCGAUCGAAGACCGCCAGCAUUGAUCGUCCUGCUAUCAGGUGAUAGAGACUUCGCCUAUCCUCUUGGAAUUCUACGAAACAGAGGUUAUGAUAUCCUGCUCAUCACACCUCCGAUUGGUGCUUCGCCAAUUUUGGAAGCUAGUGCAACAUACAAGCUUCGUUGGAGGCAAGAUGUGUUGGGAAUCGAAUAUGAUGCAAGUGGUCGUCCAUACAAUUCAUCGAAUAAUGUGGCAAAGAGUCAGGCGAACGGAGGUACGGCUGUAGGUGUACAGACUAGCCAUCCUUCUACCCAAUCCCCACCUCGCCCAAUUAAACCACAAGAUACGGCAAAUAAUAUCCCGCCAGUCUUCCAACCUUUGGUGACUAUUCUCGAAACGAUGAGCGAAGAGGGAGACAAGCGACCAUUACGCUCGAAAGUCAGCCCUCGUUUGCGCGCUCUUGAUCCUAAAGUGUUUGACAAGGCUCAAGCAAGUGGUUGGACGGAAUACACACAGAUUGCUUCUGCAGCAGGUAUCGUUGUUCUUGGAUCGGGUGUGCAAACUGGUUUCGAAUGGAUUGCAUUACGCAAAAACAUCGAAACAGACGCACGUUCAUUCAUUCCAGACCAAGUCAUCAUCAAUCCUGGAGCUGUGGUGGAAACCGAAGAUGGAAAAAUUGAACCUUUCUUCCCUCUUAUCGAAGCGUAUAAAUCACUCAAAGCUGGCUUGCCCGCAACGAAAGAGCCAAGUGCUCGCUCCAUUUCCGAUGCCUUAGACGCAAUCGCAGAAAGAGGUCAAUUUGAUCCAUACAAAGCCGCAGGCGUCAAGACGUUCGAUCAUUAUAUCAAGACAGCAUUCAAGGCAAAGGUAGCACGUUUGGCACCUGGUGAUAAUGGCCCUGUAGUGGAAAUGCAUCCAAAUUUCGCAACAAUGCAUACCGGUCUUAUCAUGCCUAGCAAUCCUUCUGCUCGAAUGUUGGAUACGGCUAAUAUUCCAGCUCCAGAGAGUAAGCCUAAUCGAUUAACCAAUCUUUUAUCGGGCAACAAGCAAGAGAACGAUUCGAAGAACGUAGCAUUGCCUUCACCCUCGAAAAGCAGCGCUCAGGAUAUCUCAAAAGAUCGUUCAUACGAUCCAUUCAAAUUGCCUUCGUCCUACUUUGCACAUCAACCAUCCAAUGAGAUGAUCAAUGUGUCUUUCUUCCCCUUAGUCAACUUUAUGUUGACAAGACGAUUAGAAGGCGAUUUUUCAGUUCCGGAGAACCAAGUGCACAUGUCGGUCAGUAAGCAUCAUAAAUUAGGAAGGAGCGUUCAAUCUUGGCGUCAAUUCAAAGGGUACUUGCAAGUAGCUAUCGAAGAAAAGAUUGUUACAAUCAUCGACACACGGGAUCAUGAGUACAGAUAUGUCCGUCUUCAUGACCGAUUGACAAAAGGUGCCGAUUCAGGAAAACAUUUGGGCUUCCAGAAAGGACAUUAUUCGACUCACGGAAAGACGAACGAUAAUGCUGCACAGCAAGAAACAAGUGCUGUUCCCACGGGUCCCAAACAUUCACCUACUAAACCAACUCGAGAGCCGAAGAAGGACGAGAAAGAAGAUCAUGUUCGUCCAAUCGUUGAACAGCCAUCAGCACAAUUCAACACGAUUCCAAGCACGUCUGCUGAUCGACAAAAGUUUAAGACGCUGAUCGAAAUACUAGUUUCGAUUAGGAAAGAAGCCAUUGCAAAAGCAAAGGACCUUACUGGACAAGAACAGAAAGAUAUUCUCAAAGCAGGAACGGAACCUGUUCAAUUGAAAGUAGCGACUGGAAUGAUGGAUGAAGAUGGAAAGAAGGCAGGGGAAUCUAAACAACCGCCAACGCCAGCAGCAUGGUUGCAAAAGAAUGGAUUUAGUAGCUUUUCAGAUUUGUUUAAAGAAGCAGAACAAAAAGGUUUUGUUCAUUUGUUCGUUCGUGAAAACAAAAGUUACGUUCGACUUUCACAAAAGUAUGAAGAUAUGUUCUUUCGCGGAGAUGCUUCAAAAAGCUAAGAAGAAAACAACCUAAUACACACAACAAACAAUAAUGAUGAAGCAAAAAGCUGCGCACAUAUACAUGUUUAUAAAAGAAGCGCAAAGUCGAGUAAUUAGUAUUCGA